AUGGCCUCUCUUCAACUUCCUACUCGCAGCAGGAGCCGCAACCCUGUGCCCUCGACUAAAGCUGUCAUCUUGGUCGGAGGACCCAGCAGAGGUACUCGCUUCCGCCCGCUGUCUCUCGAUGUCCCCAAGCCCUUAUUCGAAGUCGCCGGCAAGCCUAUCAUCCAGCACUGCUUCGAUGCUGUCACCAGAGUGCCCGAGAUUACAGAAGUCUUCCUUGUUGGUUACUACGACGAGACCGUCUUCCGCGACUUCAUCAAGGACGCCCACCGCGAACACCCCAAGAUCUCCGUCCGCUACCUGCGCGAAUACACAGCCCUAGGCACGGCCGGUGGUCUCUACCACUUCCGUGACGCCAUCCUCAAGGGCCGCCCCGAUCGCUUCUUCGUCCUCAACGCCGAUGUCUGCUGCUCAUUCCCUCUCGGCGAGAUGCUCCGUUUGUUUGAAGAGAAGGAUGCCGAGGCCGUCAUUUUGGGAACACGCGUGUCCAACGACGCUGCUACCAACUUUGGAUGCAUCGUCAGUGACACCCACACCAAGCGCGUGCUGCAUUACGUCGAGAAGCCCGAGGGCCACAUCAGCAAUCUGAUCAACUGCGGUGUCUACCUCUUUAGCACCGAGAGCAUCUUCCCCAGCAUCAAGACCGCCAUCAAGCGUCGCAGCGAUCGUCCUCGCCUGCUGUCCUACCCUUCAUCGGAAGCCCUUGACAGCCGCGACUUCUCGCUCAACGCCGACGAGGAUGAGGAUGAUGAGAACCGCAAGAACGAGGUCAUUCGUCUCGAGCAAGACAUUCUGUCCGACUUGGCAGACAGCUCAAAGUUCUUUGUCCUCGAGACGACAGACUUCUGGCGCCAGAUCAAGACUGCUGGCUCUGCAGUUCCCGCAAACGCCCUCUACCUUAUGAAGGCCUUCCAGCAGCAAAGCGAAGACCUUGCCAAACCUUCAGCAGUCAUCCUCCCGCCCGUCUACAUCCACCCUUCAGCGCACGUUGAUCCCACUGCCAAGAUUGGUCCCAACGUCUCGAUUGGCCCCCGUGCCGUAGUCGGAGCCGGUGCUCGUAUCAAGGACUCUAUCGUUCUGGAAGAUGCCGAGAUCAAGCACGAUGCUUGCGUCCUGUAUUCCAUCAUCGGAUGGUCCUCGCGUGUAGGCGCCUGGGCUCGUGUUGAGGGUACCCCCACCCCAGUCCGCGAGCACCACACCACCAUCAUCAAGAACGGCGUCAAGGUGCAGAGCGUCACCAUUCUGGGCAAGGAGUGCAACGUCGGCGACGAGGUGCGCGUUCAGAACUGUGUCUGCCUGCCUUACAAGGACUUGCGUAGAGACGUGAGCAACGAGGUCAUCAUGUAG